GCGUACCCCAGCGGUGAGGUCGACUCCGGUCUAGCCAUCCGAGCCGUCAGUCACCCAGAAGGGGGUGGAGCUCAGAGCUGGUGUAACGUGAGCAACUGACUUCCUGUCUGACGCUGCAGUUUGGCCCCUUGGCUUUUUCUCUCUCUGUACUAGGCUACUGCCAGCCAGGACUCUCUAGGGGACGAGUACUGUUUUGACCAUUCCGACAAUGGUUUUUGACGUUUAGAGAACUGUUUCUCUAUUUUUCUGUCGGAUUUGGCACGUUUGAAUGGUUGGCGUACACUGGUGGCGAAUGCAGUCAUUUAAAACCCAUUUUCUCUGGAUGUUUUUUGUUUAUCCCUGUUGGUUGUCUGUGUCAUGCUGUGCCCUGCCAUUCCCCGCUUUUACUGCCUUUUUAAAAGACUAUUGUCUGACCUUGACAGAGUUGGUAUGACUGAAUGUAUAUUAUACCACUCCUCUAAAUGAGCUAAGGAGCCCAUUGUACAGUUACUUAGCGCUUUAUCAAUGUACAAUCUGUACAAUUAUGGUUUUGCUGCGUGUACUACUCCGUAAAGACUAACAAAAGCUAAAAGAUGUUGAACGGGAGCUAGUAGAUGCUCUUAAAUUUGCCUUUCAGAUGCCUUACUAUCAGUAAAUACACACACUGACUGAACAUGCAGACUAAUUGGCAGUCUUGCUGCAAAGCUCCCUGGGACAUAGAGAAUGACAAACAGGUGUCUCCGAGGGGGUCAUCUGACCUGGAGCGUAGGUUGUUUGUCCUGAAAAGCUUGAUGGGAACCAAGCGUUUUCAUGUCGUGGGCUGCCAGGUGGAUCCCAGGAUUUGAGAUGUAUGUAUAUCUAAUAUUAGCCCAGAGUUUCUGAUAUCCAUGUUGCAUCAGAUUGGUGGCGGAAAUGGUCUUCAUGUUUCUAAUGAGAUCCCAGUAGAGGGAGCGGUUUCAGGUAGAACCUUGGCAGUGGGAAGUUGUGAGGGAGUGUGGCUGGCAGCAAGAGACAUUCCAAUUCCCAUUAGUGCCAAUGUCUCAUACACACAUUAAGGACUUUCUGUUUAUAAUCUGAAGGUAACAUUUAUGAAUAUGUAGGUUUAAAUACUUUUUUGUUUUGUUUAAGAGGAAUAUAUUUGGUACUUUGAGACUUUGCUGUUGCUUGUAGUUGGGAUUAGAUUGGUUGUUUUCUUUUAUCACAUUUGUGUGAUAAAAGAAGGAGAAUGGAGAAUCACCCUCCAUUUUUUAAGGCUUUAGUGACAGACACAUUAGAAACACUGGGAGGUGAGGAGACACAGGGAGAACACGGGAUUCAUAUCCUUGUUUGUUUCAGAGGACUAAGGAUUACGUCUUUACAAGUGAGCACACAGCAUUGAGUGAAAAGCAAAUCUUUUCUCUCCCUCUCUAUAUUUCAGUGUGCAAGGAUCCACCCUAUAAAGUGGAGGAGUGUGGAUACGCAGGCUUCAUCUUGCCCAUUGAAGUUUACUUCAGAAAUAAGGUACAUUUAACAAUGUUUCGACCUGCAUUGCUUACUAAAGAUUGCAACCUGUAAACAUUUGGCUUAAAACCUGCUGUAUCAGAGACUAUGAUCAUCCCAUAUUGGGAGCUUUAAUAAUCUAAAAAUAGCAUUUAAAAAGUUGGUAAUGCCCCCCAAAGUGUUUUAGUUUUUUCAUUUGCGUAGUUCUUUUUACCGACUAUGAUGGUUAACACUUUCUUUGCCUUUGUACGAAAGAGGACUCUAUCAAUAUAUCAAUUUUUACCAUUUGGACUUUGGUACGCAACUGACUUCUCUCCUUUCUUUUGUUCCUACGGAUGUCCCACUGCACCUCUCAGGAAGAACCUAAGAAAGUGCGCUUCGACUACGACCUGUUCCUACACCUGGACGGCCACCCGCCUGUCAAUCACCUGCGCUGCGAGAAGCUCACCUUCAACAACCCCACGGAGGAGUUCCGCAGGAAGCUGCUUAAAGCCGGCGGGGUAUGAGAUGACAGGACUGGGGGGUGGGAGAGGGAAAUUUGACCAGGGGUGCAUCUCAAUAGUGGGUGUUUAUCCUAAUAGCCUUAAGCAUAGGUGGCCAUACUGGAUAGGUAGGCUUUUGCCCCAGCAUUGCUUGAACACCUGAUUCAGCUGUGAGAGCAGAGCUGGAGAAUAGGUCUUCAUAUCCAGUAUGGCCAACACCUGGAGAGGUAAAUUAUUAAAUGACAAAUCAGAAGUUGAAUGGAAUGAGUAGCACUUUAAAAACAUCCAGAUGACAUAAGAACUUUGACCUUGCUGGCCACGAGGUAUGAACCAUGUCGGUCGCACAUCAGGCCAGCUAUUGGCAGGCGAAUGGGCUUAUCAGGCCAGCCAUUGGCAGUCAAAUGGGCUUAUCGGAACUACUGUCAUGACGUUUUACAACCGGAACUGAGUGCUUUUGAUUUAGUUUUUUUCUUUCUUCCCACUGCCCUCCCGAGAGCCUUGAGUGCCCACAUAGAAAUGUCAAUUUCGGAAUUUAUUUGUUUUUUUCAGUGGACAAUAGCUUCAGGAACAUAUGCAAUUUGCAAGGUCAUGGGUGUGUUUUUAUUUUUAGCUGGCCACUGCCAUGCUAAUUCCAGUAACACACCAAUGCUUUUUGUCUUUGCGCAUGACAUCAUACACCUUAAUGUCUACAGGCCUUUUCAGAGGAAACAAAUAAGAUUGGAAACGGAUGCGCUGACUGACAUGGUUUAAUUAACAAGGGACUGGUUUGCCAGAGCGACAUUUAUUCAGCCUACUCGGGAGGUUUUGAGGCCUUCUCCAAUAGAGCUGAUUGGUGUGUGUGCACUAACAUGCUUUAUGUGUCCUUCACAGCAACGGGAUCCUCACAAAAGAAGUUCGGAAGACUCUCAAGUAAGACUAAUCAUGUGAACUGUAACAUUCUCCUUCUUCCAAUAGAGAUGUUUACACAUACUAAUGUGUUGAUACUGAAGCUGCAAUGCUAUUGGUCACUCACUAUGACAUUCAACGAUUGGAUCUGACAAUAUAGACUUCUAUCCAAGACCUGUAUCCAAUAUGCACAUUUGGGCAAGCUUCUAUUAUAUCUGAGACUUUCCCCAUGUUGUUGACCCAGUGUUUCCCCUACCAUUGUAAAGGCAGAACCCACCCCGCCUAGCUCUGUUAUCCUCCUCCUAAAAGAGUUUGACGUCUGUUUGUUUCAUUUGGAGAGAGGUUAAUGGAAAGACUGGAAGGUAGGGAUAGUUGUAUCAAAGGAAAUGCUUACUGAGUAGUUUUGGUGCUGACUCACAGCAGAUCAGUUCAACCUCAGAGAAACGGGCCUCAUGUUCCCAGUGUAACUUUAACCCUUUGUUUACCUCUUGCCGCUAAGCAAGACAUGAAAUGUCUUUAUUCUUCCCUCGGCUGCUAUGUUGAAGUGACACCAAACAAACGCACACUCAAAUUUAGACACACAGGGAAGCAGCUGUGUUGUCUUUUCUUUGCUCGCGCGUGCUCACUGUCAUUCCAUGCAAAGUAAUGACUGUCUGUGAGCGGUUCCAGGAAUAACGUGCCGUGUUAAGUGGUCGAGGAUCUUUUUUUGAGGAGGGUUGCUGCUCUUGGCAUCGACAAGAACACUACAAUAAUCCGUUAGCCUUAAUACUUUUUUUUUUCCCCCAAACAAAAGCAGUCUUUAGUUUUACACAGAAGCCACUAUAAUAAGCAGGAAUUAUGAAACUGUUCAAUUGAUGCGGUACUUGAUAUUCAAAUAGAUUCAUAAAGCUCUUCACUCCCAGACCAUGUGAGCACAAAAUAUAAUACAAUAGAAAACUGUUUUCCACAUCAGGACAAUCUCAUUCUGAUAAUUUCUCUGCUGUUUAUAUUGCAGUGUGUUAUUACUAUAUAAUUUUUCUUCUGUUGUAGGUUUGAUUCCCACAGGCUACAUUAUAUAUGAAUUAUGUGUCCCUAUGAUCUUUAGGUGACUUUGGAUGAAGGUGUUGGCUAAAUGACCCCGUUUUACUUCCAGGUGAUGGUAAUGCAGGAGGGCUCCACAUCUCUGUUCGGCCAGCACCUCAAGCUGCCCACCCUCCCCAGCAACUCCCUGACAUUGACCUUCUCAGACGCUAAGAAAAGCAAGGCCUUCCCAGGGUCAAAGGUCAGUGGCGGUCUCCAGGUACAGACCAGGGCUAGACCGACACCACCUCUCCUCAACCCCUCCCUUCCUCUUCCCAAAGAAUUCCCACUUCAUCAAACACCCCCCCCCAAAAAAAAAUUAAUAAUAAAUAAACGCAGCAUACUUGGCUAGGUUCAAGGAUGUUGAGGGUAUUUAAACUCUGUGGAUUUUCAAAAGACGUUCAACUCGGGCCACAUGCCACGAGGCCACAUGGUCCUAUUCUCAAUGACUUCCACAGACACACUGGGGUCCCAUGCUACCAAUGACGGUUAUAGCACCGCCCAUAAUGUAUCAAUUAGGCAGUAUAUAAAAGUCACUUUAGUUUUAAAGCCUGUUGAAGCUUGGUACACAUCAGUGUUUCAUUGUGAUGCAGUUGUUCUCUAGCGGUCUCAGAAAGCCGAUUUUUAGAUGCAUAUGUGGUAUUAUCCGUCAUGGCCGUAAAUCAUACAUGUCAAUAAACUGGCAUGUUGCUUCUAUUUAGGCCCUUUAAAUGGUAUCAUUUACCGCGGCCUGGAAGAGCCCACUCCGGCAGGGCUGGGUUACGAGAGGCCCAGUGCACAUGGAAACGGUUUCCAAUCCAAACAGACUGUGUGUGUGUGAUGGAUUACUGAUGGAGCAGAGAGGUCACACACGCACAGUAGUUCUACCAUUAUCUUCUACUAACGUCCAAUGGCAACCCACCUACUGUUGUCUCCUCUCCCUCCGGUUCACUUGUACCCGACAUGGCUUUUUGAAGUGUUAAUGAUUUGCUAUGGGCAGUCUGUCGAGUUUUACUUGAAUGUAAGUGCGUUGUUAUAGGCGAAACAAAACUACCAAAACUCAAUUGUUGCACAUUACUCAUUGUGCUGUUUUGGAGUUAAGAACAAGUUAGUUUCUCAAUUGCCUUGACAGUUAUAAGGUGCAUAAGCAGCUUUGAAAGUAAUAUUCUCUGUACAUAGCGCUAAGUAGCAGGUCAUUGUAACAAGUAGAAUGCAGUAAAGUGUAUGAUUCACACAUCCAUAUACUCUAUGUGGAGUACCUAGUACCAGUGGGGGGGGGGGGGGGUUUGGGUGCUGUUUUUGUGGCCAGUUAAUGUAUUGGAACUGUUAUUGGUGAAGAGCAUCACUUUCAGACCAGUAAAACUUUGCGAUAAACGGCCUUUAAAGUUUUUGGCCCUGGGGACGUGGGGGGUGGGCAGCCAGAGUGUUUGUUGGGGUGGGGGUUGGUGGGAGUAGUUUUGUGUGAGCGGGUUAGCAGCUUUACGUCCAAAAGGUCCUAGGGUCAGGAGCAAAAUAAAAGGGUUUUGGAGGUAGUUUAGGCAGGUCGUAACCCCCCCCCCCGUCCGUCUAGACUUGCUUAAUGGCUAUAUGGCAUUGAUGAAAUAUUGACGUGAGGCCAGCAGGCGUGACCCCGGGACAAACAGCCUGUGUCGUUUAGUUAGAGAAAAGAAAAUGCACUGGCUUUAGUCGCUUCCAUCUCCAGGUUUGCUCACCGGCCGCGCCACUUUUAAGGUCGCACUUACAGCUGUUGAGUCUUCCCUCCCUUCCCCCACAUUCUGGACAAAACAAGUUCACAGCUCUCUUCUCAAGUAAACCUUAUUUUCUUUUCUUCUAGAAUAGACUUGCUCUUUAUUGACCGAGUAGUACUGAGCCCCAGAGUGGCAAAAGGGCUUUCUCUAAAUGAACACUAAGUAUUAAGACUCCUUUUUAAAAUGCCAUGACCAGACCAAACCUUUUCUUUGCUCAUUUAUUUGUCAGGGGCGUAUUGAUUUGAGCAUUGUAAUCAAGCCUUCUGCGCUGGAAGCCAAGUAAAUACUCCCCAGUAGUGUGAUUUCUUUUUUCUCUCGAUUUAUUGACCCCAACAAAUCUCACUGGUGGCAAACCUCAAAUUGUAUCAUCCCUAACACUUUUCCUGGAUAUCUAGUCAACAGUUGUGGUCUAGACUAAUUAAAGUGGUAUAUAGAAAAGCCAUUGAGGUCAAAAAUGUAAUUUUAGGCCCUUACCGUCUGCUAUGGAUCCAGGGAGUUACAAUUAGCUGAGGUCUUCGACAUGUUGACGAUUAGCAACAAAGUGGGACAAACAGACUAAUUAGGUGUUUGCCCCAUCGUGUCCACUGACCCUGAGGCGGGAUUUCUCCAUCUUCCCUCUUGCCAGUGUGCAAUCCUCAUAGUGUUAGUUAGGGCUGAACUAACCUUUCGUUAUGUACAUAGCUUGUGGGGGCUAUAUUUAAACCAAAUGGUAGAACUUGUUAUUCUGAUAAUCACUUAUGGAAUGUUUAAGAUCUUUCACUAACUAUCAAUAAACUGUUCAACUAUCCAUUAAACCUAAAGGUAGCUCAAAACCCAACUUAACCUAAGACGUUGUUGAUGCAUAUAAGUUGAUAGCUUGAUCGACCAUCUAUAGGAGACUAUCCAAAUAAAUUGAGACCUAAUCUUUGUGCUUUUUGCCGCAGGACGGUUUCAAAGGAACUGACUCCCUCCUCACCACAACCACCACCACCAGCAGCAGCUCAUCCAAGCUCCACAAACCCUCCAAGGACCACAAGGACAAGCCUUUGAAAGAGCCCAAAAGUGCCUUCAGAGACUGUGGCAGGGAACCAAGCAAAGCCUCCAAAGAUUCAUCCAAGAAACCUAAAGAGAACCAGCCUCUUCUUCGGGACAACCCCCCCAUCCCCAAGAUGGGCUUCAAGGAGCCCAAGGCCAUGUCCAAGGAGCACCGGCAGGAUGGGGGCUACUCGCACGGGGCUGGGAAUGGGACAGGGACUAACAAGCGACUGUCCAUCACCGACGGCGAGGACCACCUGACCAAAAAGCGCAAGAAGGGCUUCUCGGAGUUGACGUUAAAGCCGUCGGGGGGCUCGUUGCUGCCGCACCCACAGUCCCACUACUCGGAGAAGAAACUGCUGAAGGACAAAUCCCAGGUGCGGCCCGCUAAACUGCGGGUGGACGGUGGCGAGGCGCUGGGGGAGCGCAGGAAGGCGCCGACGCUACCGCCGUUCUCGGAGCUGACGGACGCCAACGACUCGGACAUGGAGGACAAUAUGUCCACCAAAUCAGAUGUGAGUGGAGCCUAUAUGUAUUUUGUGUUAGUGGGUAGGUUAGUGCUGUCUGUCUUGACCACAUUGGAAAUAAGAGUUUAAUUAUCCUUUCAUGUCGUCUGGGUUCUACUGUGAAAAGAUGUUAACCUAAGUUUAAAAAAAGGAUUGCUUCAGGGAUGAGCAAUUCCGGUCCUCAAGGCCAGUGUCUACUAGUUUUUGUCCCUUCCUUCAAAUCAGUGAGUGGUGAAACCAGGUGUGACCUUGGAAACCAGGUGUACUUUUGGAGCUAUGAAGUGUGUCCAUUUUGUUUUUGCUACUGUUACGGCUUCACAUUCAGGAACAACCGAUAGGAAUCAAUCUUCCUCUGUAGCAUUUUUACACAUUACCAUAUGAGUAUGCCCAUAGAGCCUACUGGACUGUUUAGUAUUAGGAAGCAGAGUGGAGGUUCUGCCUGGUGCAGGAAGAAGGUUAUUGAAUCCUCUGGUUUUAAAAGUGGGUCUGUUCUGUUGGUCAGUCUCAUCCUCCACAUGACCAGGCAAUAAAGAUCUAAUGACAGAGUCCAAAGGGGUGGCUCAUAAACAUGGUUGGUGUUCAGCUGCAGAGGGGCUGCUUUUGUUAGGACGGUAACAGGAAAUGGAUACCUCCUAAACCACCACCACCCCACCUCCAUGAAUUUAACUCCCAGUGCCCCAUUUUGACAAAGCCAAAAAAGCUGCCCAUGCAAAGCAACGAUAAUGUUUGCAGGUUUAGAAUGUUGUUCUGCUAGAUCCAGGUUGCAUGAGUAACUGUUGCAUUCUGAAGACAAUUUCUUUGUGCAAUUUAGUUCAAUUUGCUACUCUGUGCAAAGGAUUAGAGAGCUGGGAAAUAUUUUUUUACAGAUCACAGUCUAGUUCCUUUGUCAGUGUCAAGAUGGGAAUAACGGAGUCAUAUUUAGACCUUGAGAUAAAUCAGUAGGCCUUUCAGAGGGUUGCCAGCUCCUCACACGUUCAGUAAAGAAACUCAACAAAGUGGGGACUGUUAUUAGCAGAAAAGCAAGCUGGGAGAUUUACGGUUUUACGGCACCCAAGGAGAAUGCAAAAGGACGCCAGGAAUAGCCAAGGGCUCUUCAAUCUUUUGCCUUUAGAAAGGAGGAAAAAGGGUGGUAAACAUUCUGCAUUUAUGUCAGAAAGCAUCUCAUUGUCUUUCUCCAUUUGCUUUCAAAUGUUCUCUUUCAUGGCCAUGGUGUGUUCACCGGCCCCUUUACAAAUACAUUACAUACACCCAUAGGCGCGAAUCUCCCAUAACCGUUUCCCCGCCAGAACCAGCAGAGCCAUUGCAGCCAAACGUGUGCGUGUGGUGGUGGUGAGAGGGAGGAAUUUGCCCUACAGGAAUAUGGUCAUAAAUGGGAAGUGGGGUGGGUGCAGGGCGAGUGGAGACAAAUGCCAGGUGCUCGGUCCUCCACGAGCUGCCUUGACGACUCUGGUGGCCCAGUCCUGGAUAUCCCUGCACACGCCUAACAUGAGCCUUCAUUUGAUCUGGGCUUCUGCCACGCUGUGUAGGCCUGGGGGAAACCAAGAACCACCAAAGGGGAGGAAGGAAGUAGGGAGGAAGUAACAAGAAGAGAAAGUCUAAUGAAGGCCCCACAACUACACAUGGGUAGAUCAUAUGAACAGACUUGUAGUUUAGGCUAACUUCUGUCAUGUAAUUGAGACACAGGCUCAGUGUCAUGGAUUUGUGUCCUUCAGUAUAAGCAUUGGCCUACUAUUGCACAACAGUACACACAAGUACUGUACAAGUACAAGUUGGUCCCUCAUCGAUACAAAAUGUGUAGGCUGUGUACACUGCACAUGUUGCAUGCCUUCCUGAUCCUUUCUCAGCACAAUAGUGGUGGUUUGUGGUUGGUUUUGUGUUUGUGGAGUGCUACAUGUCCACGAGUUAAACAAAGUCAUUUUUGUUAGAUUGACCUACUACAUGACCAAACUGAAAGCUCACAGCACCUUAAUUCACAUUGAAAUGACCUUGUUUGCUCAACCUCCCACUGAAUCGAGAGCAAAAUAACUGACAUUUUGGCCAAGUCCAGCGAUGUUCAUCUUGUGCCUGAAUCUCACUUCAAAUAAAAUUGGGCCAAAUACAACAGGUGUGGACUUUACCGUGAAAUGUUUACUUACGAGCCCUUUCCCAACAAUAUAGAGUUAAAAAGUAUGAAAAAUGUGCUAAACAUGAAAUAGUCACACAAUACAAUAACGAGACUAUAUACAAGGAGUACCGGUACCGAAUCAAUGUGCAGGGGUAAGAGGUAGGGUAAUUGAGGUAAUAUGUACAGUUGAAGUCGGAAGUUUACAUACACCUUAGCCAAAUACAUUUAAACUCAGUUUUUCACAAUUCCUGACAUUUUAAUCCUAGUAAAAAUUCCCUGUCUUAGGAUCACCACUUUUUAUUUUAAGAAUGUGAAAUGUCAGAAUAAUAGUAGAGUGAAUUAUUUCUUUCAGCUUUUAUUUAUUUCAUCACAUUCCCAGUGGGUCAGAAGUUUACAUACACUCAAUUAGUAUUUGGUAGCAUUGCCUUUUUAAAUUGUUUAACUUGGGUCAAACGUUUCGGGUAGCCUUCCACAAGCUUCCCACAAUAUGUUGGGUGAAUUUUGGCCAAUUCCUCCUUACAGAGCAGGUGUAACUGAGUCAGGUUUGUAGGCCUCCUUGCUCGCACAUGCUUUUUCAGUUCUGCCCACACAUUUUCUAUAGGAUUGAGGUCAGGGCUUUGUGAUGGCCACUCCAAUACCUUGACUUUGUUGUCCUUAAGCCAUUUUGCCACAACUUUGGAAGUAUGCUUGGGUUCAUUGUCCAUUUGGAAGACCCAUUUGCGACCAAGCUUUAACUUCCUGACUGAUGUCUUGAGAUGUUGCUUCAGUAUAUCCACAUAAUUUUCCUUCCUCAUGAUGCCAUCUCUUUUGUGAAGUGCACCAGUCCCUCCUGCAGCAAAGCACCCCCACAGCAUGAUGCUCCCACCCCCGUGCUUCACGGUUGUGAUGGUGUUCUUCGGCUUGCAAGCAACCCCCUUUUUCUUCCAAACAUAACGAUGGUCAUUAUGGCCAAACAGUUAUAUUUUUGAUUCUUCAGACCAGAGGACAUUUCUCCAAAAAGUACGAUCUUUGUCCCCAUGUGCAGUUGCAACCCGUAGUCUGGCUUUUUUAUGGCGGUUUUGGAGCAGUGGCUUCUUCCUUGCUGAGCGGCCUUUCAGGUUAUGUCGAUAUAGGACUCGUUUUACUGUGGAUAUAGAUACUUCUGUACCUGUUUCCUCCAGCAUAUUCACAAGGUCCUUUGCUGCUGUUCUGGGAUUUAUUUGCACUUUUUGCACCAAAGUACGGUCAUCUCUAGGAGACCAAACGUGUCUCCUUCCUGAGUGGUAUGACUGCUGCGUGGUCCCAUGGUGUUUAUACUUGCAUACUAUUGUUUGUACAGAUGAACGUGGUACCUUCAGGCGUUUGGAAAUUGCUCUCAAGGAUGAACCAGACUUGUGGAGGUCUAAAUUUUUUUAUACAUCCACAGGUACACCUCCAAUUGACUCAAAUGAUGUCAAUUAGCCUAUCAGAAGCUUCUAAAAAGCCAUGACAUAAUUUUCUGGAAUUUUCCAAGCUGUUUAAAGGCACAGUCAACUUCUGACCCACUGGAAUUGUGGUAAACAAUUGUUGGAAAAAUUACUUGUGUCAUGCACAAAGUAGAUGUCCUAACCGACUUGCCAAAACUAUAGUUUGUUAACAAGAAAUUUGUGGAGGGGUUGAAAAACUAGUUUGAAUGACUCCAACCUAAGUGUAUGUAAACUUCCAACUUCAACUGUACAUGUAGGUAGGGGUAAAAGUGACUUGGCAAUCAGGAUAAAUAAUAAACCGUAGCAGCAGCAUAUUUGAAGCGUGUGAAAGUGUAUGUAGCGUCAUUACUAUUGAGCGUGUGUGUGUUGGAGCGUUAGUGUAAUAUGUGUGGGUAGAGUCCUGUGAGUGUGUAUAGAGCCGGCGCAAGAGAGUCAGCGCAAAUAACUGGUGGCUUCGGGAGACUCUGAGAGGAGAGGGUAGAUUGAUGGGGGCAUCCUAAUACUAAAGUCCCGUUUAUUGUCCUAUAAGAGGUCUGCUUUGGUGGCUUUGAGCAAGGCAAGACAAAAGCCCCUAAAGCAGAAUGGCUGUGAGAUUUACGAUGUACUGACGAAGCCCGGGCCCAUAAACCAAUAGACCAGCUGUGUGUUGUUUGUUGUCGGAGGUGACUGCCAUUGAAGUUUCCAUACCUUUUGUCCCCACUUCUCUCUCUCUCUGUACCUAGAAAGGAAUGGUGGAUGUUUCUUGGGGGCCUUCUGUCUAUUGGGAAGAGAAGUCGUUAAAACAAGUUGUUUAUCAGUUGGGCUGAUGAAAGUUUCCCUUCGCUGCAGCACAGGUAAAGAAACAUAUGCUGCAAAGUGGAUAUAACUGCACCACUAGGGACAUACUGUAUUUAAGACGUUUCACCUAUGUAUUUUCUUGAUUUUAGUUAUUGUUAGAUGACUGCAAACACACCUGCCGCCACCAUGCGAGAGUUUGUCACAUGAACGAUGUUCUGUUGCUGCAGCUUUUGCAAAAGUAACUUUUGAACCAAGACAUCUGUAGGUUUCCUGGUUUAGGUGCAAAUCAUAUGUAUGCAAAAAAUAUAUUUAAAAAAUACAAUUUGCAUGCGCAUGCUAUGAAAAUUGACAUCUAAGAUGUGGCGGUUCUUACUCGGACCACGUGAGGUCCAUUUACUCAGUCUCUGUCAGGGUCUUUGACUCCAACACACUAGAAGACCUGAAAUGAUUCUGAAUGAAGGCUAAUCUUUGGCUCUCGUCUCUUCAUUGACUAAGUCUUUGGAUCUGAGAAAAGUUCAUAAACUGUAACAAGGGUAUACGGUUUCAGAGCCUGGGGUUAGAGAGAGCUCUCUUUGGCAGCCCGGGCCCUUAGAUUAAGAGGCUGUAUCCCCAUAGCCAGGGAAGCGAUUAUUCUGGCCCGUGAUUUGUGGCUGCUCGCAAGCCUCUAGAAUUUGAAUGGAAUUCCAUCCCGUGUUCCCCUUGCUCCCCUAUGUAGUGGAGGGAAGGUUUUCCCAGGGCUGGACCGUACUAAGCAAGUCAGUCGCUUUGAUUCGAGUUGCUGUCUAAGCCUUAGCCUCUACAGUCAGCAGACAUACAGACAGAUACACACAUCCUGGAAGUUGCAUGUCAUAGUGUUGGAGUAGAUGUAUCUUUACUUGGUGUGGUGUCUCAGGGCCACAGAUCAGACAAGAAAAUGAUCUGUCAUUUAGCUUCAAAGUGACCUUCCCCUCGGUCUUCCACAUGAAUGAGGUUUAAAGCACCCAGGUACACAACCAUGUGGUCACACACACACACACACACACACACACUGGAAACAUCACACACUUGGCUGCAUUGUCUGUCAUUGCCUAUUUAUUCUGCUGGAGACUGUAUUGUAUGGAGGACUAAAAGUGCCACAAUUAAAUAAAUAAAUACACCAUUAAAUAAUUACUUAAAUGUGUCAUUAAUUAAUUAAAAUUAGAAUUAAAUACAUAAAUGUGUAAUUAAAUGUAUCAUUAAUUAAUUCAAAUACCGAUUCAUUUUAUGUAAAAUACAUAUAUAAUUAUUUCACUAUUUACAUUUACAUUUCAUGAUCCUGCAUUGCAGUGAUUCAUGAAUUACUUCAAACUGUCAAACUGACCCAUCAAAGUCAGUGGGCGGGGCUAACGCGAAUCUAGUCUGAUCCAUUGCUUUGGUCUGAAGUAGAGUAGGCCAACCUGGAUAGAGACAAUGGAGGAUCUCCGUGAACUUUCCAGGGAGUUGGUUAGAGACAUUUUAAACUUAGCAGAGGAUGUAGAAGCAGGACCUGCUGACAUUAUCCGGAAUUGAUUUGUCUUGGCUUGAUGCAGAGGGUAACCAAUCAGGCGUUAGGUUCCGCCUACCAACUUUUGAUGGGUCAGUUUGACAGUUUUAAGUAAUUCAGGAAGCACUCCAACGCAGGACCAUGAAAUGUAAAUGUAAAUAGUGAAAUUAUUAUAUAUGUAUUUUACAUAAAAUGAAUCGGUAUUUGAAUUAAUUAAUGACACAUUUAAUAACACAUUUAUGUAUUUAAUUCUAAUUUUAAUUAAUUAAUGACACAUUUAAGUAAUUAUUUAAUGGUGUAUUUAUUUAUUUAAUUGUGGCACUUUUAGUCCUCCAUAGUAUUGUAGUCUAGCCCAGGAAGGCACUCAUAGGAUGCACUCCUAGACACACAGUACUAUCGUACAUAGACCUCUGCUGGAGAAUUGGAAAAGUCAAAAAAAAAGUGUGUUGGCUUUUAGUCAUCAGCUCUGUUUCUCCCUACAAAUCGGUAUUGGGAUCGUCCAUGAAAAACCAAUUUUAGCUGGGUUUGAAAUUAAAAUGUCAAAAUACAAAUAUUUAUUUUUCUUUAUUUUAGUUUUACCCCCCCCCACACAAUUUUGAUCUUGUCUCAUCGCUACAACUCCCCAACAUGCUUGGGAGAGGCGAAGUCAUGCGUCCUCCGAAACAUGACCCGCCUAACCGCUCUCCUUAACACCUGCCAGCUUAACCCGGAAGCCAGCCGCACCAAUGUCGGAAACACCGUUCAACUGGCCCGCCACAAGGAGUCGCUAGAGCGCGAUGAGCCAUUUUUCGCGCAUCAUGUUCAAAUCAUUUAAGUGACUUUGCUGAGUUUCACAAUCAAUUUUGUAUAGUUUCGGAUGAUAUGGACAUGAUGCGGUGAAAAGGGCAUAUCGGUCUCAUAGUCCCAGUCGGUAUUAGAUAGAACGACAUGGCCCUGCCCUCCUGUGGGGAAAACAACCUGUGGUUACCCCAUUGGCUCACAGCAGAAACCUUUUCAAACGCAAUUUUCUUGUCUGCUUGUUUUAGUCAAUUUUCAAAACUAUAUUUAAGAAAAGUACAACAUGUCUAAAGAUUACUUUUCAACAUUGCCUGAUCCUGAGUGUUCUCACUAGUUAUAACGGUGCUAGCAGCCAUGUGAGUGCUAGCUAGCUACCACCCGGAACAUUAAGCUAGCCAAGACCAACAGCACAAGCUAACACUAUACAGCUACAAGUAGUGAGUGGAGUUACAAACAGACUACAGUAAUCCCUCGUUUAUCGCGGGGGUUACGUUCCGAAAAUGACCCGCGAUAAGUGAAAUCCGCGAAAUAGAAAACUUUUUUUUUUUUACAAUUAGCAACUAUUACAUGUAUACAAAUACAGUGACUCACGUGUAGGCCGUUUCGUCGACAUUAUGGGUUUAGAAGAUGUUCGAAAUUACAAGAUAAUUUGGCCAACUUAAUGUAAAUUUGCCAAGCUGUUUUAUGUACGUACACAUAACUGCACGAGACGACAAAAUGAUAGCACAAUUCGUAGCAUGUUUUGAUACAAGAAGCGGGAGUGAGUUUUUAGCGAAUCAGAAUGCAGAGCACAAUGCACCAAAAAAAAAAAAAAAUGCAUUAUGAAAAUCCGCGAAAUAGCGAAUCCGCGAUAAGUGAACCGCGAAGUGGCGAGGGAUCACUGUAUACUAAACAAGGUAAAUGUUUUACCUGUGAUAAAAGGUUUAUACCCAUAGCUACUUGUAGCCUACUUUGACAAAGGGUCCCCACAUUUCUCACUCUCCCACACCGAAUAGCUUAAAUUAACAGGGCUCUUCUCACAGGCUCUAUUUCCCUACGUGGGAGCAUUGCGAACCGUAGGUUGGGAUUUUUUACCUGGUUACAUGUACGGCAUGUUUAGUUAUUUCUGUAUAACAAAAAAUCGACAAAGUUUGCUCUUUUACAGUAGGGGUCAAUGGGAAAGAAUGUUUGUUUUCCCCAAUUUGUGUGCGUGGUCGAGGGGAAUAUCGACUCUGAGUAUGACUUGAAUGGGAUUUGUUCCACAUUCUAAAACGUUAGCAUGUGGAAACAGUGCCAGGAAAACUAAACCAAAGCAUGGAUUGCUGUCAUACCAUGCCCAUGGACUACUUACAUGGUAAGACAACCAUUGUGUCAUUUGGCUGAACUAUCCCUUUAAUUCCUUUUUCUGUCAGUCUUCCCUGCUUAUUUACAUUAAAAUAUUGCGGGGAUGAGUUGUGGCUGAUUUCUUGAGAUAUGGAGGCCGUAACCAAUGAUGACUUAGCACGUUUGGCAUAACCCACACAAAGUGCUUCAAGAGCCAGCUAAAAUAUAACACUGACAAAUAAUACUCUUGACUUUAGUUUAGACUCUUUUUACAAUGGUAGUGGGAAUUUAAGCAGUUUGGCUAUUUGAUUCUGUGUUUUAUGUUUAGCUAGUGGCUGGUUCUCUUGCAUCUUGUUGUCAGCUGUUGCAUCACACACGGUUGCCGUCUGUCAGUUUUGAUUGAAGUCACUUUUUCAUUAGCUUUAAAAAAAGUAAUGUACCAUUUUACAACAUGGAGGCUGCUUUGCUAUUACUCAAGGUAGGGUGACGGGUAAGGGAUAGGCCUCGGUAAUCUCCAGCUCUCUCCUCUCUCCUUCACUCACGCUCUCUACUUCUCUCUCGCCUUCACACCAUCUCUUUUUAAUUCACUCUCUCUGGGACACAGCACGAAUGCCAGACCAGAUGAUUUUAACGUGGCUCUCUCCACAAGUGCUGAAAUCCCCUUUAUAAUUUUUUACAAGUGUCUCGUUUUUGGCUGGACAACCAAAGACUGAGAGAAAAGCCUCUUGAUUUACAACCAAGGCCUCUGACCAUGCAUUUGAUGCCGGUGAGACACCCAGACAGACAAACAGGCUGUAAAAUGCUCCAAAAAGAAAGGGUGAGACAAAACAUCAAAGAUUCCCACAUGACUCUGCGGACCCCACAGGGGGGCUUGAUUUUAAUGGGCUUACCCCCCCCCCACUUGCCAGCAUCAAUACUCAGCCCAGAUCUUGGUAGAAGUGAGGGGAGGAGUUUUUUUUGUGUGUGUGGUAAUGGAAGUUUUUUGACACUUCCCCAAUUUGGAAUGGACAUCGUACACAGCCUUGCAGCACACCUCACAGGCCAGACAGGAAACCGAAGCCCCGCCAUAUCCUCCAAUUCAAUGAAUUACUUAUUUGUUGCCUCAGGAAAAGAGCUUGUCUUCUCUAUUCAGGCUCCAUUCGGUUUUUAAAUCCACCGUUUCUUUGUUGCAACAGGUGUAUUUAUAAGACUGCCCUAUAAAGCGUUUAGAAGCUGAAAACAUUUUGCAUCAGUCCUGUCCUGGUUGUAAAUCACUGCUUUGUGCUGCCUUGGCUGGAGGGCCAGAACACUUCUGUGAGUUGGGUAUUGUUCAGGAGACCCAGGCCUGGUUCUUCCAAGGGGUCAUCUGAGAGGAAUGUAAACAAAUUAAUUCAGAUUAACUUUAAUGGCUUCUUCAGAUUUCUUUUUGUGCAGCCUUCCAAGGAGGAUUAAGUUAAUGGUAACUUGCAGAUGUUCAUCUCUUUCUCUCCUGAAAGGAACUAUCAGCUUUAGCCCCUUUUGCGCUGACUUAAAACACAGUGGCAAAAUGUACAACUUUUUGUUGUAGACCGACAUUGAUAUGAAAGUUGGUGUAAUAGGUAACACAGACCUUCUGGUGUAAUUUGGAGCGUAGUAGAUGGGUACACCUCCCUGGUACUAUAAUGAGUGUCAUGAUAUGACAAGGCAUGAUCUCAUGAUGUCCUCUGUAGAGCCUCUUUAUUCAUACACCCCCUCCCCUUUUUGUUCACUCAAAUUGUCUCGGUUAACAAACUGCCAUCAAUCGGUACCAUGUUCAAUCAGUGAUUAGGCCAUACAUUAAGGAAGGAAGGAGGCAUUUUCAAGGUAUUGGAACUGAGCCAUUGCUCAGCCACACGUUAGCAUUUCUACAGUGAAGAGACAGUGAAUGUUGUGCGCGUGCGUUGUAAAUACCGGAGCCCCAGCUAGUAAACCUGUCACAUUCUCUCCUCAGUGGCCCUGCCAGGGUUUUCAUCUCUGCCACCGGGGUGCCAAGCCUGCCUACAGAGCCCUGUCUUCCUAAGGAUUUAAUGCACUUAAUAGGCUUUCUGGACUCAUAUUAGCUGUUAUUGCAGCCUAUAACCAUAAGCCCAAUAGGAACUGCACUAAGGAGAGAUUGAAUGGUUGGGAGAUCCACAUAUCUAGUAGAAAAGUUGUGGAUGAAUCCCAAGUGGCGCAGCAGUGCUAGAGGCGUCACUACAGCCCCUGGUUCGAUGCCGGGCUGUAUCACAACCCAGACGUGAUCGGGAGGCCCAUAGGGCGGCGCACAAUUGGCCCAGCGUUGUCCGGGUUAGGGGAGGGUUUGGCCGGGGGGGGGCUUUACUUGGCUCAUCGUGCUCUAGUGAUUCCUUGUGGUGGGCCGGGCGCCUGCAGGCUGACCUUGGUCGUCAGGUGAACAGUGUUUCCUCCGACACAUUUGUGCAGCUGGCUUCCGGGUUAAGCGGGCGAGGUGUUAAGAAACGCAGUUUCGGAGGACUCAUUACUCGACCUUCGCCUCCCGAGCCCGUUGGGGAGUUGCAGCGAUAAAACAAGAUCAAAAUUGUGAUCAAUAUGUUUUUCUCAUUAGAAUUGGUUUGUAUGAAACUUGGUCAGCAUGAUGGCUCUGAAUAGGACCAAAUUCACAACAGACCGCUAGAGUUGUUGAUAUGGGCGUGCAACUGUAUGAAUGUAAUUUGUGGAUGGGUAUGCGGGAGCUUAAUUGGGAUUUUCUAGACUACCUGGCUUGCCCCAGAAAUGUGUUGCCUUUUGCAUGUGGGAAUUGAACAGAAUUCCCUUUAUAUUGAGAUGCUGCAGUCUACCUUUCGAUGGCUGCCUUCCUGCCCAACUGUGUGACAGUUUGCGUGUGUGUUUUGUGGGGCGUGAAUACUGCUCUCAACCUUAUGAUGGUAGAUUUACAACGCUUCACUAGGUUUGGGUUUGACAAGCCCAGAUUUACGGUGGAAGCAAGCACUGUUAAGCCUUUUAGGAUGGACGAUAAUGUAGAUAAUUGGACUAACUUUUUGAUCUCCAAUCACAUUUUAUUUGUCACAUGUGCCGAAUACAACAGGUGUAGACCUUACAGUGAAAUGCUUACUUACAAGCCCUUAACCAACAAUGCAAUUUUAAGAAGACCCCCCCCCCCCCCCCCCCCCCCCAGAGUCUGCAGUGUGGGCUGCGGACUCUUAUGCUUUUCUCGCUCAGUGUUUUGUGUACAGUGUUUGCACCCUACCCAAGGGGCUUUGCACUCUGUGAGCACUGGCUUUUGUUCAUUUGCCAUGUAGAAGAGCUCUGAUAGUGUAUGGGUCUCUGAUCUCUCUCUCUCUCUCCCUCUCUCCUCUUCCCAGUCGGAGCAGCCCAGUCCAGCCAGUUCAAGUUCCAGUUCAGGCUUUGCAGCCAGCCACAAACGCCAAGGUAACACCACACUUUUCUCCAGAUCACAUGGAAAUGACAAUCAUUCUUUUUUUAUUGGCCACCACAAAGGGGGUAUAACAUGUUGCAUCUCUUCCCCUCACUCAUACGUUGUGUUUUUGUUCCAUGGACACAGUGGCCGAAUUCGUCCGCAGGAAGGUAGGGGCCGUCCCUGGCCCAGCCCACACAGGUAACCUCACACUUGACUACACAGUCCUUGGAUGGAAUCACAAGACUGGGCAUGAUGAGUUUAGUCACUAUAAAAUGAAAUCCAUAAUGAACGUUCUCUCUCUACACACAGUGUUGGGUCCCCUUCGUUCGAUAAUUCACGACCUGCACUCCGACGACAACGAGGAUGAAUCGGAGGAGGAGGACGAUGACAACGACAUGGACUCUGACCUGGAGCGACCAAUGCACACGCACAUGACGCACCGCCAACGCCGGUAGGUAGCGCCGUUAAGCAAGGCUCUUCAUCUCAAAAUAGCUUCAGGGACGCUGCUCUGACCUUGUGCUGUUUCUAGUCUCUUGUGUGGUUCUUCGAUUGGAUAAAAAACAAUCACAAAAAGUAAUUCUCCAUUUUGAAUAAUGUUCCAUUAUCAGUAAUAAAGUUGCAUUGUAUUCCAAUGGUUAUCAUCCUCCUUGUCUACAGGGUCAGCUUGAGUGACGGCACUGAGAGUGAGAACAGCUCAGCCCCCUCUCCCCACUCUCGACACGAGCCCCCGCCUUUACUAAACACCAGUAAUAACCAGGUAAGACCAAUACGAUUAUAAACAGUAGGUUUAUUUAGCAGACUCUUUUAAAUACAUCUUCUGUUGUCAGAGGACCAUUUCUUACAUCUGGUUUCACUAUGUUAUCAGUCAAAUUAACUGGUUUCCCUGAUGUUCAAUAUUGUAGACACAUUUUUCAAAUCCUAGAGCAGCUAAAUAUUACCCAAACGGAAUUGAACAAAUACGUUUUUUUCGCUUAUGUAAAUCGUUUUAUGUAAAUGCUUUGGGGGUAGGAAACCUUUGUUCCUCAUGAUGAAACUGAACACUGUUAUUGGUUUUAGACACUGCUUCUAGGGAAACCUCAGUCUUAUUAGCAUCCUGUAAUUCCCAGGAUGCAUUUCCCUCGUGCGCCAGCCACAAUGCUACUCGUAAAUUACAGUUGUGUAAAGGUUAAACAAAGCAGCGGGUUUACCAGCGGGUAUGUAUGGUAAUUCCUUAUCUGGGUCGUAUUCACUAGGAACGAAAUGAAAGGAAACUGGUCAAAACUGUGAGGGGCCUACCUGAACUUGUCUAAGAAACGCUUGUUUUCCAUUGCGAAACGUAUUGCUACGUUGUGUACUGAUGAAUACAACCCUGAUGUCUCGCAGAUAAUGGAGGUGAAGAGCCCCAUUAAGCAAACGAAGCAGGAUAAGAAUAAAAACAUUGACUGUGACAAGGUGAGUAGCUUCCUUGUGGUUGGGUUUUACAAAGAUAAGGUCAUAUCAGUGUAAUUGAAUGGCUGUGUAGCCAGGACAUUUGUUGUAGUCAGGACAUGGGCUCCCGAGUGGCGCAGUGGUCUAAGGCACUGCAUCUCAGUGCUUGAGGCGUCACUACAGACCCCCUGGUUCGAUUCCAGGCUGUAUCACAACAGGCCGUGAUUGGGAGUCCCAUAGGGCGGCGCACAAUUGGCCCAGCGUUGUCCGGGUUUGGCCGGUGUAGGCCGUCAUUGUAAAUAAGAAUUUGUUCUUAACUGACUUGCCUAGUUAAAUAAAGGUAAAAUAAAUAAAUACAAAUGUGCAGUCCUAAACUGAAGAAGUCUCUGCGGUCACCAAGGCUCUUGCGAAUAGACAGGAGACAGUCUUCCUGAUAAUCAUGACUUGGCCCAGUUACUCUUCUUGUCAUAGUCCCAGAUGGUGUGAAUAGGUAACAGACCUCGAUCAAAUACACACUUUAAAGUUUGAGGUUUGCUUGAGUUUGCACUUUUGGGACAAUUCAGUUGGCACCAUUGUCAUCACAGGCAAAUUCAAUCAAACCACGGCUCACGUACAUGACAUAAUCCAGAUUUGACCCAGUUCAAAAAGGUCUUGUUUAGUUGAACUCCCCCCAUGCUGAUGGGCCGUGCUUUCCGUCUCUCUCUCAGGCUUACCUGGAUGAGCUGGUGGAGCUACACAGACGACUGAUGACGCUGAGAGAGCGGCACAUACUACAACAGGUGAGGUCCGAUAGUGUGUUUUUUUGUGUGGGUUUGUUGUACAUGUGUUCUCGGAGGACAAACCUGUACGUUUGUAGUUCAUGUUUGCAUGGAAGAUGUCGCUUGCUAGGGUCGUUUUGUUUGGACUGCAUGCUGUAUCUGUUACUCAGCACAUUAUAAUUGAGGACUUCAUACAGGUGUCUGGCAAUUAUUAAUUAUUUGGUUAGCCUUUUUUCCACUCCAUCUAAAAGCACACGUCCUCUUGCUUAUGUUCACAAGGCCUAUCAUAUGACCGCAUUAAUGGAGAUUCCCAGCCGCCGUUGCCAUGGAGCGGCCUCGCUCUCCUAAUGAAAAGUUUGGUUCUGUGCAUUGGUGGAAAAACUCAUCCCCACACAACAUCAGCGAGCCGAGCAUUAACUCAUGGCAUAAUCAAGCUAAUCUUCAGAGCGCUUGGAGAGUUCAGAGCGUCAUAGCGGUGUUUCACAUACUCGGAAUAUGAGACAUGGGAAUUAUUAACUUUCCAACCUCCCAACGCUAUUUUUCCUCCCCAUCUCUCUUUUUGGGAAAACACAAAUUAGAAAAUGGGCUUUUGCCAUUGUAGAGUAAUUCUUUUUUAUGUUAAAUUUUUUUUUUUUUGAAGAAUCAAGAAAAUGUGGACUGUUUAUUUUCAAUAUAAAUUCAUCUGUAGUAUCCGCCAAAAUGCUGUCCUACCCGACCAAAACCAGGUCCGGAAAUCUUGGUGUGGUUCCCUCUCCCCGGAUACAGGUGGGGGAGAAGAGGGGUGUUGCGACUCGGCUUGCAAGCAUCUGAGUUCUAUCUUCCAUGUCAUAACAAUUGGCGGUCUCCCUGCACUCCUGGUCCAGCCGGCGCUCAGGGAGGGAGGACGAGAAAUGCGUUCCACAUGGAGGCCCAACCGGUGCUUUGUAGUAUGAAACGGAUCAGGCUAGGGUCACCCAUUACGUUACAACACCGCCACGGCUUCACAGACACACCGGAGUUCCCGUAAUCACCACGAGAGAGACACAUAUACACACACACUUCCCUAUCGGAGGAGAGCUGGAACCAAUAAGACACCAGCCAAGGAAAAAGCAGAUUUCCCAUUAGGGCCUCUCCCGCUCUGAUACAGGGUUCCACAUGCAAGGAGUGCGGUGGGGUGAAUUAGGGGGUCCCCAUUCCAAAUUCGGUGUAGUAAAAACCAACACUAGCCCACCCACCGCUCAAUGACGCUUCCCACAAAUUUGUUUUGAAUUAGUCUAUUGUGUGUGUGGUCCAACAUUGUGUCUGACUAGGCUGCUCCCUGACACCGUACAGGGCGGAAACUCUGCUGCUGGUCAAUAUACACAGAGUAUACCAAACAUUAGGUACAACUUCCUAAUUUUGAGUUGCACCCCCUCUUUGGCCCUCAGAACGGCCUCGAUUCGUCGGGGCAUGGACUCUACAAGGUGUCAAGCGUUCCACAGGAAUGCUGGCCAAUGUUGACUCCAAUGAUUCCCACAGUUGUGUUAAGUUGGCUGGAUGUCCUUUGGGUGGUGGACCAUUAUUCAGACACACAGGAAAAACCCAGCAGCGUUGCAGUUCUUGACACAAACCGGUGUGCCUGGCACCUACUACCAUACCCCGUUCAAAGGCACUUAAAUCUUUUGUCUUGCCCAUUCACCCUCUGAAUGGCACACAUACACAAUCCAUGUCUCAAUUGACUCAAGGCUUAAGAAUCCUUCUUUAACUUGUCUCCUCCCCUUCAUCUACACUGAUUUUUGAAGUGGAUUUAACAAGUGACAUCAAUAAGGGAUCAUAUCUUUCACCUGGUCAGUCUGUCAUAGAAAGAGCACUACUACUUUUUUACUAGGAGAACAUGCAUGGAAUGAACGUUUCUGUUUAUGUUGAAUGUGGAAGAUUUAACAAAGAAAUGUGUACAAUUCCUCCGUACUUGCUAGGAUUAGGGUUUACAUACUGCAGUCUGAGUGUUUUGUUGAUUUUCUAUCUGUGCCUUCUUUCGCCUCACAGAUAGUGAACCUCAUCGAGGAGACUGGACACUUCCACAUCACAAACACCACUUUUGACUUUGACCUCUGCUCCCUGGACAAAACUACGGUGCGGAAGCUCCAGAGUUACCUGGAAACGUCUGGGACGUCA